UGAAGCUCUCAAAUAUCACUGUUGUGAAUACAGAGAAGGAAAACCAACUGUAACGUGCUACCCAAAUAUAAGUUUUACUCAUAUUUUGAUGUUAGGAUGGAUAGCUUGCAAAAAGUUGGAGGGUACGGCCUUUAUUAUGAGGCAUCUAUGAAGGAUCAGGAAUGGAUGUAGACAAGGAACUAGUAAUGGAAACUGUUAAAGCUGGAGCCCCUGGAAAACCAGAAAUGAGGCUGGGCUCUCAGGAAGAAACAAAUGAAGGUGAUGCUAAUGAUCAGUACCCCAUUCAUCAGACUUCAUUCGUGGUCUCUAAGAGUGACAUCAGUCUUCCUUGGAAUAUGAUGAGAAUUUAUUUGGUUCUUCUUUUGCUUUUCUAUUUGAUUUAUUUUAUGUUAUUUGGUACAGAAAGUUCAUUACAAGUCCUGUCCAGCAAUGUGCCUCUCCUGGCCCUAGAGUUCUUGGACACAGUCCAGGCCAAAGACAAGGCCUUUCUCCCCAUGGUCAGCCACACAUUCCACAUGCCCACCGAAGAGUCUGGUGCUCCACAGGAGGGUGAUGACCUACCAAAGUCCUCAGCAAACACCAGCCAUCCCAAGCAGGGUGACAUCCCCAAGUCCCCAGAAGAAACCAUCCAGCCCACGGAGGGUGACAUCUGCAAGUCCCCAGAAGAAACCAACCAAUCCAAGAAGGACGACCUCCCCAAGUCCUCAGAAGAAGUCAUCAAACCCAAAGAGGGUGACAUCCCCAAGUCCUCAGCAAAACCUAUCCAGUCCGAGCUGGGCAAUAUUCCCAAGUCCUCAAUGAAGCCCAUCCAGCCCAAGGAGGAUGACAGCCCCAAGUCCCCAGAAGAAGCCAUUCAGCCCAAGGAGGGUGACAUCCCCAAGUCCCCAGAAGAAGUCAUCCAGCCGAAGGAGGGUGACAUCCCCAAGUCCCCAGAAGAAGUCAUCCCACCCAAGGAGGAUGACAUCCUCAAAUCCCCAGAAGAAGCCGUCCAGCCGAAGGAGGACGACAGCCCCAAAUCCCCAGAAGAAAGCAUCCAGCCCAAGGAGGGUGACAUCCCCAAGUCCCCAGAAGAAGCCAUCCAGCCGAAGGAGGGUGACAUCCCCAAGUCCCCUGAAGAAGCCAUCCAGCCGAAGGAGGGUGACAUCCCCAAGUCCCCGGAAGAAGCCAUCCAGCCGAAGGAGGAUGACAUCCCCAAGUCCCCAGAAGAAGCCAUCCAGCCGAAGGAGGAUGACAGCACCAAGUCCGUAGAAGAAACCAUCCCACCCAAGGAGGGUGACAUCCUAAAGCCUGAAGAAGAAACAACGGAGUUCCUGGAGGGGGACAAGGUGAAAGUGAUCCUGAGCAAGGAGGACUUUGAGGCAUCACUGAAGGAGGCUGGGGAGAGGCUGGUGGCUGUGGACUUCUCGGCCACGUGGUGUGGGCCCUGCAGGACCAUCAAACCGUUCUUCCACGCCCUGUCUAUGAAGCAUGAGGACGUGGUGUUCCUGGAGGUGGACGCUGACGACUGUGAGGAGGUUGUGAGAGACUGCGCCAUCAUGUGUGUCCCAACCUUUCAGUUUUAUAAAAAAGAAGAAAAGGUGGAUGAGUUUUGCGGCGCCCUUAAGGAAAAACUUGAAGCAGUCAUUGCAGAAUUAAAGUAAACAUGUAUUCUGAAAA